AUGUCUGAUGGUAAAUGGGAUAAAUUAGGUAUGGAUGUUGCUUACGAAGAAGCAUCCAAGGGUUAUGAGGAAGGUGGUGUUCCAAUUGGUGGUUGUUUAAUUAAUAACGAGGAUGGUAAAAUUCUAGGUCGUGGCCAUAAUAUGAGAUUUCAAAAAGGUUCAGCAACCUUACAUGGUGAAAUUUCAACAUUAGAAAACUGUGGUAGAUUAGAAGGUAAAGUUUAUAAGAAUACUACUUUAUAUACUACCUUAUCUCCUUGUGAUAUGUGUACUGGUGCAAUUUUAAUGUAUGGUAUUCCAAGGGUUGUUGUUGGUGAAAAUGUCAAUUUCAAGAGUCCUGGUGAAGAAUAUUUGAAAAGUAGAGGUGCUGAAGUGCUAGUAGUCGAUGAUGAAAGAUGUAAGAGUAUUAUGAAUUUAUUUAUCGAAACUAGACCAAGCGAUUGGUUUGAAGAUAUUGGCAAAUGA